GCCCCCAAAGGAGGAACCACCCGCAGCUGCAGCCCCAGCAGCUCAUUUCCCUGCUCCAGCCCCAGCACCCGGACGUCUGGCAAAGGCCCUGCACCGGCUUGGCCACAGGCUGGCUGCUGCGGGGGGUUCUCGUGUCGGUGGCUUUGGUGACAGGGGCUGAGCAGAGCCAGGAGCUGUCCCCCUCCGCCAGGCUUCCAGAGUGCAAGAAGGCCCUGAAGCUCCCAGGUCUGGAAGUGCUGCCGGGGGGGGGCUGGGAUAACCUCAGGAAUUUGGAUAUGGGCAAAGUCGUCAAUCUGGGCUACUCACUGUGCAAGACCACAGAAGAUGGAUCUUACAUCAUUCCAGAUGAGGUCUUCACUAUCCCUCGCAAGCAGAGCAACCUGGACAUCAACUCCGAGAUCAUUGAGUCCUGGAAAGAUUACCAAAGCAUCACCUCUGCCUCCAUCAACCUGGAGCUGUUCCUCUUCUCUUCCAUCAAUGGCAAGUUCUCCUAUGACUUUCAGAGGACCAAGACCCACCAAGUGAAAGACCAUGCUGUCACCACCCGAGUGCAAGUCAGGAACCUGGUUUACACAGCCAAGGUCGACCCAGGGGCAGUCCUGGACAAGGGCUUCAAGAAGCAGCUGCUGACCAUCGCCAGUCACCUGGAGAACAACCAGACGCGAAUGGCUGACUUUCUGGCCGAGCUGCUGGUGCUUAACUAUGGCACCCACACGAUCACCUCCGUGGACGCUGGAGCAAGCUUGGUGCAGGAGGAUCAGAUCAAGGCAACCUUCCUGAAGGACAGCUGGGCCGAACGGAGUGCUGUCACCGCCUCAGCUGGAGUGGCUUUCCACAGCAUCAUCAGUAUGAAAAGUGAGGAGUCCCUGAAAGUCAUCUCUGGCUUCACCAAGCAGUAUCUGGAGAACCGCACCAGUUCCAGGGUAGAGAGCAUUGGCGGGACCCCCUUUUACCCAGGCAUCACCCUCAAGACCUGGCAGGAGGGGAUGAGAAACGAGCUUGUGGCUCUUGACCGCUCAGGGCUGCCCCUGUACUUCUUCAUCAAGCCCAGCACCCUGCCAGAGCUGCCGUCCCCCACAGUGAAGAAGCUGGCCAGGCACGUGGAGAUGGCCGUCCGCCGCUACUACACCUUCAACACCUACCCGGGCUGCACCGAUGCCACCUCGCCCAACUUCAACUUCCAUGCCAAUGUCGAGGAUGGCUCCUGUGAGGGUGCCAUGACCAACUUCACCUUCGGGGGGAACCCCCUCACUGGGGCCUUCUCCUGCCCCACCACUUACACUGCAGUGCUGCUGGGCAUGCAGGAGCGGGAGGAAGGUCACAGCCACCUGGAGUGCCGCAACAAAUGCACCCUGGGCAUCUUCUGUCACCGCGAGUGCCAGGAUGUCUUCUGGAUCUCCCGGGUGCAAUUCAGCACCUACUGGUGUGCUGCAAGCGGGAUGGUGGCUCCAAGCUCAGCCAGCCACAGCGUCAACCCCAUCACCAGUGCCCAGUCCUGCCCCUUGGGGUAUUUCCCACUGAAGCUCUUUGAUGAGCUUAUGGUGUGCGUGAGCCAGGAUUACGAGGGGGGUGGUCAAUAUGCAGUGCCCUUUGGGGGCUUCUUUAGCUGCCAGGCAGGGAACCCCUUGGCAGGGCAGCACCAGGGCACCGCCAAGGAC